AUGCGAGCUGGCGGAGGAUCAAUCAUGUGUUUUGGGGCGAUGACAAAAAAUGUGGCAGCUUGGCCAGAUUCGAUAGACGUGACACUUUUCGGUUCGAAUUUCCUCCGCGCGGACACGUGCGACUCAUACAAUCAAGGCGAUCCACUUGCAUACAAGAUUUUUGCGCAUGAUGUGGGAAUUGAAUUACUAAAACAGAAACCUUCUUGGGCAACGGACUCGACUUUUUUUUCUUGUCCCGAAGACUUUUAUCAGCUCUUUAUGGUCGGGCACAGAUUGACCAAAUUUUUGUCCCAUGAAUUAUUUUGGAUCAGCAUAUCGGCAACUCGGCUCAGGAAGAAGGGUCCGAAAAACCCACAUUCAAACACACUGCAG